AAUCCUCCUUUGGUCACCACAAUUCCUUUGCACGUGAUGGUCACUAUGGCUGAUAAUGCACCACCAAGAUUUUUGGAUACAAAUCCAUCAGCUGAAGUCUUCGAAAACACACAACCAGGUAACUACGUGUUGCACUUGAACGCACGAGCUUCAUCUUCCCUGAUUUACGAAAUUAAAAAUGGUAACGACAAUGGUUGCUUUGAUAUAAAUCCUUCGACUGGUAUUUUGCGAACCACUGCACUACCUUUGGACUACGAAACCAAACAAGCCUACAAUUUGACAGUAACUGCCAGAAGCAUGACAGGAGCUGAAGCUGAAAUUUUUGUCUUAAUCCAUGUUUUGGAUAAAAACGACAACGCACCUUACUUUGAACUAAAUAAUUAUACAGGUUUUGUGUCGGAGUCCAGUGACGCCGGUGCACAAGUUUUAACAAACUUAACAGCACCUUUGGUGAUACGAGCAAGAGACUUGGAUUCUGGUCCAAAUGCUUUGUUGCAGUACGAGAUUUUGGAACAACUGCCUAAACAAUACUUUAAAAUUGAUCCUGGCACUGGUGCAAUACAGACUACAAGGACUUUGGAUUACGAGACCAUACCCAAAUUCCACUUCCACGUCAAGGUUACUGAUCUAGGUAAACCCCGUCUAUCCUCCGAAUCAACUGCAGAAGUCAUCAUCAACGUCAACGACGUCAACGACAGUCCACCAGUUUUUUCCAAAUCUCACUACAAUGUAACUUUGUUGCUCCCAACUUUCAAAAACAUUGUGGUGACAUCAGUAAAAGCUUUUGAUCCUGAUACUACAGAAUCCUUACGUUACGAUAUAAUAGAUGGUGAUGAAACUGAAGCUUUUGAGAUCAAUUUGAAGACAGGAGUGAUCACCACAAAACGUGCUGAUAACUUCCAGGAUAAAUACAAUUUACGAGUCAGGGUAUCUGAUGGUAGUUUUUCUAGUGUUGCCAGGGUUUUUGUCAAGGUUAAGGAUGCUCAGAAUGGUGGACUUAUGUUUAGAAAACAUGUUUACGAAGGUUCUAUUGUUGAAAAUUCAACACGUGUAGCUACAGUUUGUGUAGUUGAUGUCAUCGGAGCAGCCUUGAAUGAACACGUGGAAUUCCGGAUUUUAAAUCCUACAGAUUUAUUUUCCAUUGGAAAGACUAGUGGAGCCAUUCAAACCACUGGCCAAAGAUUUGAUCGAGAAGUCGAGGAUCACUAUGAGUUGAUAAUAGAAGCCAGGAUAUCAAUAGAGGAACAAUCUACAAGAGUUACAAGAACUUUGGUGAACGUUACUAUAUUAGACAUCAAUGAUAAUUGUCCCAUGUUUGUCAACUUGCCAUACUAUGCUGUUGUCUCUAUUGAUGACCAAAGAGGAAGAACAAUCACACAGGUGCGAGCAAUAGAUUUAGACAGCAAUGAAAAUGGUGAGGUCAGGUACGAAAUGAAACGUGGUCCUGGUGAAUUGUUUAAAGUUUGCAGAAAAACUGGUGAAGUCACUCUGAAACAAAACUUGGAAGGCCAUAACAGGGAAUACGAACUAAUCAUCGGAGCAUAUGACGGAGGGACAACUCCUUGUUCAACUGAAGUAUCAGUCCACGUCAAGGUUAUUGAUAGGAGUAUGCCAGUUUUUGAUAGGCAGUUUUAUAGUGCAGUGGUGCCCGAAGAUACUGAAUUAAGGGCUCCAAUUGCUGUCAGUGUUAGGGCUACUUCUCCUUUGAAUCGACAACUUAUUUAUAGUAUUGUUAGUGGAAACGAGAAGGAGCAGUUUGCUUUGGAUUUUAAUACUGGUGCUAUCUAUGUAGCAGACGAAUUAGACUACGAGACAACUCGUCAAUAUGAGUUGACUCUUAGAGCAACUGAUGGUGUUUCUGGUGUCUGGGCUGAUGUAGUUGUCAGUGUCCUGGUCAGUGAUGUCAAUGAUUGUCCUCCAGAAUUUGCUUCAGACUCUUAUGACGUCACAGUAUCUGAAGCUGAUCCAUUUGGAACUGCUGUUCUUAGAGUACAUGCCAAGGAUAAUGAUACCAAUGUUAACCAAGAGAUUAUUUACUCCAUACGUGAUGAUCAUGGGAAUGCAAGCGAGUACUUUCACAUGGAAGCUGCAGAUGGUGUGGUUUAUCUCAAAAAGUCUUUAGACCAUGAACAACAUUCGACACAUCAUUUUACAGUAAUGGCAACUGAUAAAGGCACUCCAAGUCUGUCAAGUACUGCACAUGUUUGGGUCACAGUUUUAGACAUGAACGACAAUGCUCCCAAAUUCGAAAAACCAUCAUACUCCUGCAUUUUAUCCCAACAUGCUGGUCGAGGACAAUUUGUCACUGCUGUCAAGGCAAGUGAUCCUGACAGAAUUGACAGGGACAGAUUGAGAAGUGCAAUACAGUGUUACAGAUCAAGGAAAACCAACUGGCUGGUAGAUCUUGUCACCAAAGUUAAGGCUACUGACAAGGAUUUUGGUGAGUAUGGUCAAAUUACGUACUCCAUACCAUCAGAUGCCAUGCGUGAAGUGUUUGCUAUUGACAAAAUCACUGGUGAUGUUGUAACUAAAAUUAAGUGGUGGUGCAGAAAUGGUUUUUUGACUCUGCGUGUGAAUGUAGGUGAUGAGAACGAUAACGCUCCUGAAUUUGUUAUGAAGGAGUACAAAGCAAAUAUCCAAAGUGAUUUGCAAGUUAACUCCACAUUUUUGAAAGUACGGGCUUUUGAUAAAGACGAAGAUGGUGCCGGACAAGUACGUUAUUCCAUCUACGACUCCACAAACUCUGGUGUCAAAGAAUUGUUUGCAGUGCAUCCUUUGCAUGGAAGCUUCAACAUAGACUCAACUGGACAACUCACUUUGGCAAAAAGUUUAGACAGAGAAUCCAAAGACACACACGUCAUUGGUGUCGUUGUCUCAGACAGUGGCGUCCCAUCUUUGUCAUCAGUGACUAAAGUCAUUGUUGAAAUUUUGGAUGUAAAUGAUCAUUCUCCGGAAUUUAAACAAAGGAGUUAUACUGUGAGAAUUCCUGCUACUGCAAAAAUUGACCAGCCACUAUUUCAGGUUUUGGCAGUUGAUCGUGAUUCAGGAGACAAUGGCAGGAUUACUUACAGUAUUAAAUCAGGACGAGGAAAGGCUAAAUUCAGGAUACAUCCUGAUACAGGAGUCGUGUACGCCCAGAGGAUUUUUGAACCCAGCCAGGAAUUCGAUAUUUCGAUUAAGGCGACAGACAACGGUCUCCCCCAACGUUCCGACACUGCUUUUUAUUCAGUAAGGGUAGUAGAACCUGCCGAUAGUCUUUCUGAUGAAACCCAACAAGGACCCCCACUGGUUGCCCCUCCUGAUCAAACUGCGGACGUCACUGAAAAUGAUAACCCCAGAUUUCUGGUGGCCCUUAUUGAAACUGCUGGACGAGAUCAGGGAUCUGUGUGGUAUGACAUCAUAGGUGGAGAUGAACGCAACGAAUUCUACAUCGACCACGAAAAAGGCAACGUUUUGCUGGCCAAAAAAUUAGACAGGGAAGUCCAGCAGGAAUACAAUUUGACUAUUGCAGUAACCGAUGGACCUUCUACAGUACACACACAGUUAUUCGUGACAGUCAUAGACAUCAACGACAACCGUCCAUUGUUCAGCGAAUCCCAAUACUCCGUUCAAGUUUCAGAAGGUCUUCCAUCUGGUACAGAAGUUUUGAGAUUAUCAGCAAGUGAUGCAGAUGGUGAUAAAUUAUUUUACAGCCUGCAAGGAUCCAGAAGUCCUGGUGAUGCCAAAUUAUUCAGAAUCGAUAGUCUUACUGGUGCUGUAACGUUGGCAGGAAAACUGGACAGGGAAACUGCAGAAAGUCAUCUUCUGACUGUGUCUGUUCGUGACCAUGGUGCUCCUUCAAGAAGGGAUGCAGCCAGGAUUUUGAUAAAAGUACACGAUCGUAAUGAUCAUGCCCCUGAUUUUGGGGCUCGUUUGUUGCAAGCUGCAUGUCAUGAAACUGCAGCAACUGGAAGUCUUGUUGCCAGGGCUAGGGCUGCUGAUAGGGACAAGGGCGAAAACGCCAGAGUUGCCUAUAGUAUCGUCAGUGGUAAUGUAGGCAAUGCUUUCACCAUCGAUCCAAUGUUCGGUGAUGUACGUGUAGCCCGUGGUUUGGACAUAAAUUCAGCAUCUGAAUAUAUGCUACAACUACGAGCACAAGACUUUGGAAAUCCUCCUUUGGUCACCACAAUUCCUUUGCACGUGAUGGUCACUAUGGCUGAUAAUGCACCACCAAGAUUUUUGGAAGUCAACCCUUCAGCUGAAGUCUUCGAAAACACACAACCUGGUAACUACGUGUUGCACUUGAACGCACGAGCAUCAUCUUCGCUGAUUUACGAAAUUAAAAAUGGUAACGACAAUGGGGCUUUUGAUAUAAAUCCUUCGACUGGUAUUUUGAGAACCACAGCUCUACCUUUGGACUAUGAGACCAAACAAGCCUACAACUUGACAGUAACUGCCAGGAGCAUGACAGGAGCUGAAGCUGAAAUUUUUGUCCUGAUCCAUGUUUUGGACAAAAACGACAACGCACCUUACUUUGAACUAUCUAAUUACACAGGUUUUGUGUCGGAGUCCAGUGACGCCGGUGCACAAGUUUUAACAAACCUAACAGCACCUUUGGUGAUACGAGCUAGAGAUUUGGAUUCUGGGCCUAACGCUUUGUUGCAGUACGAAAUUUUGGAACAACUGCCUAAACAAUACUUUAAAAUUGAUCCUGGCACUGGUGCAAUACAGACUACAAGGACUUUGGAUUACGAGACCAUACCCAAAUUUCACUUCCACGUCAAGGUUACUGAUCUAGGAAAACCCCGUCUAUCCUCCGAAUCAACUGCAGAAGUCAUCAUCAACGUCAACGACGUCAACGACAGUCCACCAGUUUUUUCCAAAUCUCACUACAAUGUAACUUUGUUGCUCCCAACUUUCAAAAACAUUGUCGUGACAUCAGUAAAAGCUUUUGAUCCUGAUACUACAGAAUCCUUACGUUACGAUAUAAUAGAUGGUGAUGAAACUGAAUCUUUUGAAAUCAAUUUGAAGACAGGAGUGAUCACCACAAAACGUGCUGAUAACUUCCAGGAUAAAUACAAUUUACGAGUCAGGGUAUCUGAUGGCAGUUUUUCAAGUGUUGCAAGGGUUUUUGUGAAGGUUAAGGAUGCUCAGAAUGGUGGACUUAUGUUUAGAAAACAUGUUUACGAAGGUUCUAUUGUUGAAAAUUCAACACGUGUAGCUACAGUUUGUGUAGUUGAUGUCAUCGGAGCAGCCUUGAAUGAACACGUGGAAUUCCGGAUUUUAAAUCCUACAGAUUUAUUUUCCAUUGGAAAGACUAGUGGAGCCAUUCAAACCACUGGCCAAAGAUUUGAUCGAGAAGUCGAGGAUCACUACGAGUUGAUCAUAGAAGCCAGGAUAUCAGUAGAAGAACAAUCUACAAGAGUUACAAGAACUUUGGUGAACGUUACCAUUUUAGACAUCAAUGAUAAUUGUCCGAUGUUUGUCAACUUACCAUACUAUGCUGUUGUCUCUAUUGAUGACCAAAGAGGAAGAACAAUCACACAGGUUAGGGCAAUAGAUUUAGACAGCAAUGAAAAUGGUGAGGUCAGGUACGAAAUGAAACGUGGUCCUGGUGAAUUGUUUAAAGUUUGCAGAAAAACUGGUGAAGUCACUCUGAAACAAAACUUGGAAGGCCAUAACAGGGAAUACGAACUAAUCAUCGGAGCAUAUGACGGAGGGACAACUCCAUGUUCAACUGAAGUAUCAGUCCACGUCAAGGUUAUUGAUAGAAGUAUGCCAGUUUUUGAUAGGCAAUUUUAUAGUGCAGUGGUGCCCGAGGAUACUGAAUUAAGGGCUCCAAUUGCUGUCAGUGUUAGGGCUACUUCUCCUUUGAAUCGACAACUUAUUUAUAGUAUUGUUAGUGGGAACGAGAAGGAGCAGUUUGCUUUAGAUUUUAAUACUGCUCCAGAUUCUUCGAAUGGUCCUUGUGCCAUUUAUGUAGCAGAUGAAUUAGACUACGAGACAACUCGUCAAUAUGAGUUGACACUUAGAGCAACUGAUGGUGUUUCUGGUGUCUGGGCUGAUGUAGUUGUCAGUGUUUUGGUCAGUGAUGUCAAUGAUUGUCCUCCAGAAUUUGCUUCAGACUCCUAUGAUGUCACAGUAUCUGAAGCUGAUCCAUUUGGUACUGCUGUCCUUAGAGUACAUGCCAAGGAUAAUGACACCAAUGUUAAUCAGGAGAUAAUUUACUCCAUACGUGAUGAUCAUGGGAAUGCAAGCGAGUACUUUCACAUGGAAGCUGCAGAUGGUGUGGUUUAUCUCAAAAAGUCUUUAGACCAUGAACAACAUUCGACACAUCAUUUUACAGUAAUGGCAACUGAUAAAGGCACUCCAAGUCUGUCAAGUACUGCACAUGUUUGGGUCACAGUUUUAGACAUGAACGACAAUGCUCCCAAAUUCGAAAAACCAUCAUACUCCUGCAUUUUAUCCCAACAUGCUGGUCGAGGACAAUUUGUCACUGCUGUCAAGGCAAGUGAUCCUGACAGAAUUGACAGGGACAGAUUGAGGUACAGUAUUGUACGUGGUAAUGAACUACAAACUUUUGGUAUGGAUUCCAAAACAGGAGUGUUGAGACUUGUGAACUUGCAACGUUUUGGCGACCAGCAAGCCAUGGUGCUGAAUAUUUCUGUAACCGAUGGUGUGCACACAAGUUUUGCACGUCUAAAAGUAUCAAUUCUACCAGCCAACUUGCAUGAUCCUGUGUUCCCAGAAGUGCAAUACAGUGUACAGAUCAAGGAAAACCAACUGGCUGGUAGAUCUGUCACCAAAGUUAAGGCUACUGACAAGGAUUUUGGUGAGUAUGGUCAAAUUACGUACUCCAUACCAUCAGAUGCCAUGCGUGAAGUGUUUGCUAUUGACAAAAUCACUGGUGAUGUUGUAACUAAAAUUAAGUUAGACCGGGAACUGAAGAAAAUGUAUGAGGUUUUAAUUAUGGCUACAGAUGGUGGUGCCAGAAAUGGUUUUUUGACUCUGCGUGUGAAUGUAGGUGAUGAGAACGAUAACGCUCCUGAAUUUGUUAUGAAGGAGUACAAAGCAAAUAUCCAAAGUGAUUUGCAAGUUAACUCCACAUUUUUGAAAGUACGGGCUUUUGAUAAAGACGAAGAUGGUGCCGGACAAGUACGUUAUUCCAUCUACGACUCCACAAACUCUGGUGUCAAAGAAUUGUUUGCAGUGCAUCCUUUGCAUGGAAGCGUCAGUAUUAUCAAAGAUCCCGAACCAUUUAUGAACCAAAUGUUUCAAUUUUUUAUACGUGCUGAAGACUUGGGAAGUCCUUCUUUGCACUCAGAUGUACCUGUAUAUGUGUACGUGAUGGCACCUUCAGACGUCCCACCGUUGUUCGAGAAAAAGGAGGAAAAAUUCUUUUUAUCAGAAAAGUCACUUAUAGGCACCAUCGUUACGCGUUUGAAAAUGAUCACAAAUGUUACUGCUAAUUUUUAUAUUAUAUCAGGUGAUGAAGGGGAUCCCCAGUUCAACAUAGACUCAACUGGACAACUCACUUUGGCAAAAAGUUUAGACAGAGAAUCCAAAGACACACACGUCAUUGGUGUACUUGCUGAAACCGAUGCAAGUCCACCUUUAAGUGCUUUGGCAGAAAUUAUCCUUAAAGUUUUGGAUGAAAAUGAUCACGCACCAGUAUUCGACAGCAAUCCUUAUUCCUUGGUUUUGGCUGAAAACAUCAACGAAUCCACAGUUAUUUUUAAAGUCAAAGCAACUGAUGCAGACUUAGGAUCCAAUGGUGAAGUACGUUACAGUUUCAGCUCCGAUAUAGGUGAUCUAGCCAAUGUUUUUGCAGUGGACCAAUACACAGGCACUAUAACAACCUUAGUGCCUUUGGAUAAAGAACAAAAGUCAGAAUAUCGGUUCCAAAUCGUGGCUACUGAUAAUGGUAACCAAAAGCACUCAGCACGUACCAGCAUUUUGAUAAAACUCAAAGACUACAACGACAGUCCACCUGUAUUUAAAACCACCAGUUACGAAGCUUCUGUUAAAGAAGAUGCUUUACCAGGUACUGUUGUGGUAAAAUUAGCUGUGACAGACUUGGACAACGAUUUAAACAAUCCUGUGGAAUAUUAUAUAACCAAAGGUGACUUGUUGUCCCAGUUUCAAAUACGACCAACUGGUGAGAUGUACGUUGCUAAAAGUUUGGAUCGUGAAACUUUGGAUAGAUAUGAUAUGGAAGUGACUGUUACUGAUGGUAAAUUCACAGACGUGACGUAUGUCACGGUGCAUAUUUUGGACGCAAACGACAACCCACCUUAUUGUUUAAGGUACAGAUAUCGUGAAACCAUAUCUGAAGGCGUGUACACAGGUUCUUUUGUCCUAGCAAUUUUAGCAACUGAUGCUGAUGAAGAAGAAAACUCUAAACUCCGAUACUACCUAACUGGUGCUGGUUCUGAUGAUUUUAUACUGGAUAAACUAACAGGUUACUUGAAGACUGCAAGAAAUUUAGACAGGGAAACACGUUCCAAGUACCAACUCACAGCACAUGUACAAGAUAUGGAUAGACCUAGUUGGGAAUGCAGUUCUAUCGUUGAAAUUUCAAUAUCAGAUUUGAAUGAUAACUACCCAAUGUUUACAACACCCACGUACAGUGUUGCUAUGCCGGAGGAUGCAGAAAUUGGUUCUUUGGUUACCAAAAUCCAUGCAACUGACGACGAUGUGGGCUUGAACCGAAAAAUCAGAUACUCCUUCAUAGACUCCAUGAACGAUCAUUUUAGCAUCACACCUGAUAGUGGUAUAGUGAUUCUAUCCAAGCCCUUGGAUCGUGAAGUAAAAGCCAUGUACAACCUGACAGUACAAGCUGAAGACCAAGGUUCGCCACGCUUAACAGCAAUUACAUCUUUAGUAGUGAAUGUCCAAGACAUCAACGACAAUCCUCCAGAAUUUACAUCCAAAUACUAUUUUGCGUCAGUACCUGAAAUAAACUCUGUAGGUUCUGAAGUCAUCCACGUCCUAGCAACCUCCAAAGAUACUGGUCCAAAUGCUGAAAUCUACUACUCCAUAGUUGGGGGUAAUGAACACAAAAAAUUUGCAAUAACCAGUCGUACAGGAAUAAUUUCUAUAGCUGAUUUGUUGGAUUACGAACGUACCAAGGAUUAUUUUCUAACAAUACAAGCUGUUGACGGUGGUAUACCUCCUUUGAGUAAUAUGGCUACUGUUAAUAUAAGCAUCACUGAUAGCAAUGAUAAUUUGCCUAUGUUUUCCCAAGAAUCGUACAGUGCUAGAAUCCGGGAAGAUGCUCAGAUCGGUGAUAAAAUUCUGCAGGUUUCUGCUAACGAUUUGGAUAGCAACGAAAAUGGACAGAUUUCCUACGAAAUUGUGGGCGGUGAUCGAGGUGGACACUUUACUAUUGAAAAAGAUACUGGGUAUAUUACUGUUGGUGCUGAUUUGGACCGAGAAACUAUAUCUAAUUAUGUUUUGGAAGUGCAGGCUAAGGAUCAUGGUAUACCAACACUUUCCAACCACGUUUUUGUCAAUGUGAUAAUAACAGAUGCUAAUGACAAUCCACCAAUAUUCACCAAAACCAAUUACUCAGCGAUUGUGCAAGAAGAUAUGACUCUGGGACAUGUUUUGCUUAAAUUUGACAUCACGGAUGCUGAUACCAAUCCAAAUACCUCACCAUACACUUUUGAUUUUCGUUCAGGCAAUGAAGAAGGUGUUUUUAGGUUGGAACAAGAUGGUGUUUUAAGAACUGCUGGUAAAUUUAACCACGCGUUAAAAGAAUCUUAUACGUUGCAUAUACGUGUUUUUGACAACGGUACACCACCUUUGUACUCCGAUACUUAUGUCAAAGUGAAAGUUAUUGAAGAAAGUCAGUACCCACCUGUUAUCACACCUUUGGAGAUCAAUAUCAAUUCCCUGAACGACGAGUAUGCUGGUGGUUUGAUUGGUAAAGUACAUGCAAACGACCAAGAUCCUUAUGAUACCUUAACAUUUGGUUUGGCACAAAGUAUGGGAGUGUUGUACGACUCCUCAGGAUUAUUUUCCAUAAACAGCACCAAUGGUGAACUGACAGCUUUACCUCGUUUGGACGUCGGCGAGUACAAAAUCAACGUUACAGUAACCGAUGGCAAGUUUAUUUCAAGCUCCAUGAUCAAAGUCGCUGUGGAAUUAAUUUCUGAUGAAAUGCUCAACAAUGCUGCGUCCAUAAAAUUCCGCAAAAUCAGCCCUGCUGAUUUUGUUUUAAGCCACCGCAAAGGUUUUGUCAGGUGCAUCAAAAACGCCAUGAACACACGCCUAAAAGAUGUAAUCAUCAUAAGUGUCCAGCCUGCAAAUCGUGCACGCAGAUCCACCCACGAAAGCGACUUAGAAGUCCUAUUUGCAGUACGUAAGCUCCAACAAUCCAACUCAAUAUUUUACACUAGUGAUGCUAUAAGAAGAGUUUUGAAUACCCAUAUGGACGAACUCGAAGAAGCCACUAAAUUGGUUGUUGAGGACAUUCCAAGAACUUUGUGCAGUGUUGGUAUGUGCCUGAAUGGUGGUUCGUGUAGUGAACGUGUUGUUUUGGAUCCUAGUGAAACUGAAACUAUAGCUACUGAUGUUACUAGUUUUGUUUGUGCUAAACACAAAAGGGAUAUUGAGUGCAGCUGUAGGCAGGGAUAUUUUGGGAGCAGGUGCGAGAGUGUUCUUGAUGCUUGUGCUGGGGCGCCUUGUCCAGGAUUACAGGUGUGUGUUUACGAACCAUCAAACGCACGUGGGUACGCCUGUCGUUGUCCAAGAGCCUACGAAGGUCCUGGUUGUGAUGCACCAGUAGGCCCUCAAUAUACACCUAUCAGGCCAGUUUCAUUUUCUGGGCGCAGUUAUGCCCAAUACAGUGUCCAUGGGUCUAAAGCCAUGCAGGAACGUCUAGUCAUGACUUUAAAAUUGCGAACUGUACAAUUGACUGGAUGUUUGAUGUAUGCUGCUGGAAAAUUCGACUACAACAUCUUAGAGAUUGUUAAUGGUAUGCUCCAGUAUCGUUUCGACUUGGGUUCUGGUGAAGGUUUAGUGCGUGUUGCAAGUGCUUCUUUGAGUGAUGGACGUUGGCAUGAAAUCACGUUGGAGCGCGAUGGCGCCAGUGCCAGAUUAACAGUUGACAAGAAACACGUUGCACAUGGUUCAGCUCCUGGUUCCAGUGAAGUCUUGCAUUUGCAACAAGAAGACGUGUAUUUGGGUGCUGAAGUCCGACAGCAUCCAUCAGUUUUAGGUUUCGAACAAAUCAGUCGCGGUUUCACCGGUUGUCUGGACGAUGUCCGAUUAUCAGGCAUCCCUAUACCUCUCCUCAUGGGUGGAGCAAGUUCUUCAACGGCCUCACCAGCUUUGUUGACAAGAUUUGCUAAUGUGGAAUUUAGUUGUGAUUCAGCUGCCACUGCUUUAACACAAUUGGGGGCUUGUACCUCACAACCUUGCCUAAAUGGUGGUACUUGUGAAAACAGCGAAGUUGAUUCCCAGGGCUAUUCUUGCAGAUGUCCUGCUAGAUUAUCAGGUUUGAUGUGCGAAAUUGAUAGUGAUCCCUGUGCAUCAUCACCAUGCCUGCACGGUGGUAUUUGUUCUGUGAAUUCCCUGGAUGGUGACUAUAUUUGCACAUGCCCACCACCUUUAAACGGUAAACGUUGCCAGCUAGGUCGCUUCUGUGUCCCAAAUGCUUGUUCAACUUUGGGUUCGAUUGCUUGUGAAGAAGAUGAUACAGGACCAUUAUGCAAAUGUGCACCAGGUUAUGCAGGUCCAAGAUGUGAUUUAGACGUCGACGAAUGUUCUAGUUCUGGUGCAGCAGCUUCUACAUCAGCUGGUGCUCCUACAGGACCGCCUUGUAUGAAUGGAGCAGAGUGCAGGAACGAAGUCGGUGGAUACAAGUGUGUGUGUGCACCAGGAACCACAGGUCAAAACUGUGGUAAUGCCUUGCACCCGACAGCAAUUACUUCAAACAUCUACAGUAUAACCUGGGAAGAGCUCAUAGGAAUAGUGAGCGUAGGAUCUUUUAUCAUUUUAGUAGUAAUAAUUUAUGCUUGUUACCGACGUUGUCGGUACAAACGAUCGCGAGAACUCACAAAUAAUAUAAUCAACGAAUCGUCUAUGAAUCAUAAAGAAAUCACAACGCAAAAUCACAAUCAUCAUGCUGAAUUCAAAAGGGGAUCCAAAAUUAGCAAUUUAGAAGCCAUAAGAAGAAACUCGGAUAAUGUUAGACCUGUGUCCUACGCCCCUGGAAUAAUUUCGCCUCCUGAUAUCCAGCUGCCUACAUAUAAUGUUAUUUUAAAUAAUUUGGAUACUUUAAGGAGCUAUGGAUCAGCUGGAGACGAUUUAGCAGGUGAUAAUAAUAGCUCAGUGCCUUUAGACUACGUUCGAAAUUUAAAUCAGCCUCAAAAUUUGGCUGCUGGAAGUACACCAGCCGAUGUUGAAAGUUUGCAUAAACCAUCUUGGACGGAGCAGAUGCACAUGCAGACUUUCUCUGAUAGCAAAAUUAAUAAUGAUUUAAAACGUCCAAUAAUAACAGCAGAUACCACGUUGAAAAAUUCAUCAGCAAAUAGGAAUACAGGAAUUCUUGCUGGACGUUUGAGUCAACAAUCAAAUCGUGCCUUGCUCAAUUGCUCAGACGACGACACUCGUACCCAAACGUCUUAUCAUUGGGAUUGUUCAGAUUGGGCAAGACGUAGUCAGAACCCUCUUCCUGAUAUAACAGAGGUUCCAGGGGGUGAAAUGCCUGAUUCUUCCAGUUUUCACAGCAAUGAGAGCAACGAAUCACACCGACAUUCUUCUAUGAGGGACCAAGGUCAAGCCCAUAUGGAUAUCAAUCGUGGUGACAUCCAGACCUUAAACGAGGAAGAUGAUGACAAAGGUGAGGAAUCAGAAUACGUUUGUGAUUCUGAAUAUGAUGAAAGAUGUAGUGAACCCCAGCAAAGAUCUUCGUCGAGAAUUUAUGACAACGAUUUGUCUAUCGGAGGUGGCCUUAAUUCCUUAGACAGUGGCAGUGAUGACUACGCUUACAACCCUGGUUCAUCAAGGUACCUGCAACAUCCCAAUCAGUAUUUACCAACCUACAAUAUCCAUAGUGAAACUGAGGCAGAAACGACGUCUAUAAAUAGUCGUGUUCCUGUCAAUGGUUUGCAUCAUAGUGAUCAUAGGAUAGAUGAAUCUGAUGAUUACGAUGAUGAUGAUGAGGUGCCCCAGUAUGGAUUUCCAUCUGUGCAGAAUCACAAGAGGAGAAACAGAAGGCUGAAUGGGGUUCAAGGCAACAAAGGUAAAGGAAAUACGUAA